AUGAAAUCGUCUUGCCCCUUUUGCAGCAAGCGGUACAGCUCCUCCGCGAACUUCGAUAAACAUCUUCGAACUACACAUCCAUUUGAAGCAGAUGAAUGGCUGGGAAACCAAUUUUUACUCCUGGAGCGCGAUCAAGAGGCACCCGAUGACACUCACGACAGCCCGGAAGGCAUUCACGAUUCCUAUUCAGAUGCCCAUGACGACUCGGAUAGUUCGGAGAGCAACAGUAUCAAUUAUCAUGACCAAGAUCCCGAUAAUGAUUCCGAUCUGGAAUCCGAAUCAUAUUUUAUGAUGGAAGAGACAGAUGGAGAUGCAAAUAGGCAUGAGGCAGCGACAACGAUUUACGAGGGUGAUGGGGAGCGUCUCUACCGCUCAGAGGACUACGACGAAUGCUCACAAAACCUUCUCCGAUACCCGUGGCGCCCAUUCAACUCAGCAUACGAGUUUAGAAUGGCACGUUAUUUCAUACUGUCGAAGGCCUCACAAGGAAAUAUCGACAGUUUCUUUCUACACGCUCCGUCAAGCAGUGGCGAAUGCUGCUACAGGACUGGGCGCAGUUGUAUAAAGAGGUUGGACGAAAUGAAUGACAUAUUGGGAAAGGCGAGCUGUCAUCAUUCGGAGGUGGAUAUUGGGGGAGAGAAAAUCCCUUACUAUUACUGGGAUGCAAUGGUAAUUGUGCGAUAUCUUCUAGGCCAACGGGCCUUUCGGGAGUUAUUGGUGUAUACGCCAGUGGUAGAACAUAAUGAAUCUGGCGAGAGAAUGUACGGGGAAAUGCAUACGGGAGAUUGGUGGUGGGAGACGCAGGUCUGUGGGGACAAGAAAGCCUGGCCAAUCUAUCUUACCAUCGGGAACAUCAAGUCAUCGGUCCGGAGCAAGACCACCGGGCAUUCGUUAAUUCUCCUAGGGCUACUGCUAGUUCCACCUAAGCUCGGGAAGAACUCACUCACUAAUUCCGCUUUACGACGUCAGAGUCAAAUGGCGCUGCAUCGUGCCCUUGGGGAGAUCUUUCAGAGCAUUCGGAAGUGCUCUCAGGAAGGCGAGCUAAUCGCAUUCGCCGAUGGGUACGAACGUCUAUGCUUUCCGGUGUUGUCGGGUUGGAUCGCUGAUCAACCUGAGCAUUCAAACUUACAAAAUAUUAGUACUAGCUCUUGUCCAAGAUGCGAAGUGGAAUUCCACAGUCUUGGGAGCACUCCCCGGAGCCCUACGUGCGAUCAUGAAGAUUACCGGGAGAGGGUAAAGCUAUUCAGGGAGAACCCGGGAAACCUGGGACCGGUGGAAUACCUUCUCGUGAGAUCAGUAAAGACACUCUUCAAUGCUUUCUGGGGGAAGGAGAUGAGAAAUCUGGGGCUGGUCGUUCUUGGAGCACUCGCGGCUGCUUUGAGAAACCCGGGGGUGGCUGUCAGGGGCGACUUCGCAAAGGCAUUGAAAUGUGUACGAGGCUUAAUCGACUUCCACUUAAUGGCGCAGUAUGGGAGUCAUACGACGAGCACACUGAAUUAUAUGGAGAGCUAUCUCGAGGAUUUCCAUAAGCACAAGGAUAUCUUUUUAGAAUUCCGGGCGUACAAGAGGACGGUUAAGGAUGCGAGAGAUCGGACAAAAGCCUUGAAGACCUCAGGCUCCCAGAGCGCUCAGCGAGGUUUGGAGGAGAUUCGCGAGAUACGGGAAAGGUCCCACUUCAACUUCAUCAAAUUGCACGUGUUAAUGCACUAUCGGGAACAUGUCGAGCGCUUUGGGAGCAUUCCCCAGUACUCCACCGACAUCAGCGAACUCGCCCAUGUACGUCAGAUAAAAGCGGCAUACGGAGUAUCCAACAAGGUUGAUGCUGCAAUGCAGAUAAUAGACUAUGGGGGCGGCAGUUGUCGUUAG